AUGCGAGCAGCGGCUCCAGGGGGGCUCCGCUCCCCGCCGGGGGCUCUGCUGGUAGCUGGCUACUUUGUGCGAGUGCUGCUGCUGCUCCCAGCCCGGGCCUCCCCGGCAGCAGACCCCCCUCGCCUCGGGCAGCAUCCGCCCCAGUGCAAAGACUUGCCCGCGAGCCGCCCGGUGCACGGAGAUCCCCCUCCUCUCGGGGCCGGGCACGAGGUCUCGGUGGCCCUUGCCGCUGGCUCGCGGUUUCCUUCUCCCGAGGAGUCACCCCGCGGCCGGGCUCCCCGCCUCCCGAGCGGCGGAUGGUGCAGCCAGACGGCAGCCCAGGUUGUUACAGAUAAGCAGCGGAUUCAAAAAAAGAGAGACUGCUUCGGUAUGACAGCUGUAGAAUUACUGGGAACAGGAUUAAAGGGAACAAAUGAAGACCAUGAUCUGCUUUUGACUUCCGCAGCACCAGAUGUUCAUGGGAUCCAUUCACUGUUUGCCUUGAUCCCCUCAUGGACAAAGAAGAUUUUGUUCAAACGAGAGUCUACCAUUAGCCAGCAGCUGCCGGAAGAUGUGCCAAGAAUUUCAGUGUCUUCUGGGUAUGGGAUAACUCUUCAGAAAUGUGCAGUGGUGGCUACUCAACAUGAUCUCCAAACUGCAUAUGUAAGACUUCUGAUAAAUAAUACCAACACACCAUCUGCAUCCAAUGUCACAGAUCUCAUUCUGCUGGACAAUAUUACUGGCCUCCAUGUUCAAGGAACCAGUGGUAAUAAGACUACAGAUGGGUUCCAGAUAUAUAGGAGAGGAUUCCUGCAAGUUGGAGAAUACUACUCAAUCAACUACAUUGCAUUUCUUGAUGCAAAAGAAACCUGGGAUGGCAGAACCUUGACACUGCCUGCUAAAUUGACCUUCAACAGUUCAUCACUGAACAAAACACAGCAUAGUUUGACUGCAUCAUUCACCAUAACAGGAGAGGAAAAGACUAAGAUUUUGUACAGCCAUGGCAUCCAUGCUUCAGGAUUCUUCGUUGCUUUUGUUAUUUCUCUUGUAUUAACAUGCGUUGCGUUUUUUGCUGUUUACCAAACUAGAAGAUUAAAAUGGAGUUUCCUUAAUAAAAACCAGGAGAUACGAUAUGAUCUUACUCUAGAUCACAAACUGGAGUAUUCACAGUUUAAUUCAGGAGAUCCGUUUAAUGAAGAUAUCAUUAUGAAUGACCAAAUCAUUGAGAUACUGGCCUUUGAAGACUCCAAGAACAUGCUUCAAGCUUUAGAAGACUUGAAGGUAGCAAACCUGACUCGUGCAGAUGCUGAUCUGGAAGCAUAUCGAAUGCAGAUGUGUAAAGAGGUGAUUGCCAUGUUGAUGAAGAACAUGGUUUUCAGACACAAUCUCUCUCCUAAUGUGGAGAAAAGGAUGGGUUCAAUUCUCAAAAAGCAGUUUUUUGCAAUGGAGAAUGAAGUUCGGGAGGAGUAUACAAGGAAGAUGGUGGCUUUAACCGCCGAAUGUAAUCUAGAGACUAGGAAGGAAAUGGAGGUUCAGCACCAACGAGAGAGAGCUGCAAAUGAUGAGGCUGAAGAAUUAAUCAAGCGAUUGAAUGAGAAGGUAAAUCAGUCUGCUAUAGAAUACAGGUGUCUUCUGGAAAAAAUUCACAAACUUGAGCAGAACCACAUGAAGAGGUUCCUUUUGGUGAGGCAGGAGGAGUACUUUGCAAAAGCUUAUCGACAGCUGGCUAUUUUCCAGAGAACAGAGCUCCAUAAUGUCUUUUUUACUCAGAUAAAAAAUGCCAUUUUCAAGGGAGAACUGAAGUUAGAAGCAGCCAAAGCACUAGUGCAGGAUUACUCUAAAAUACAGGAGGACAUUGAAGAGCUAAUGGAUUUUUUGCAGGCUAAUAAGAAGUAUCAUCUGAGUAAAAGAUUUGCGUACAGAGAGUACCUAAUAAAUAAUAUACAUUUAUGGGAUUCCCAAGCCUCUUCUCUCUUGAACACAGCAGCAAGCCAGAUAACAAGUCUCAUUAAUAAGACGGAAAGAGCUGGUCAUUUGUCUGAAAAUCAUUUGGGAACACUUCUAGACCAAGCUCAGGCAGAAGUUCAUUCUGUUAAACAGAAGUUGGAUCAUAAUUUAAAACAGGAAAAGCAAAGGCUUCACCAGAAACUCGUUACUAAGAGAAGACGAGAAAUGUUGCAAAAGCAGAAAGAACAAAGAAAGGAGCAGAUGUCGAUAGGAGACACUUUCAAAACCACUAAAGAGGUUAGCCACUACUUGAGCCACUGGCAGAAGCUUCUGACUGAUCAUGCUGUUGAAUUUGAAGAGCUUAUUGAAAAGCUUGAUAAUGAUGCCAGCGAAGAAAUAAAAGUGCUUAGAUUUACUUUGACAGAGAAAGCUAUUGAUGAACUUAAACGCAUUCAGUAUGGAGUAAUCACUCAAGAACUGUUAAAACUGAGUGUGCCAAAGCCAUUCCUGCAACAAAUUGUUGAGGAGCAUAAAAAGGAAAUUGCUAUUCAGACUGAACAGCUUGAAAAAGAAGAACAUGACAAAAAUAUGGCCACUCGAGAAUGGCUUGAGAAUACCAGGCAAAAACUGAGCCAAGAGCUGGAACACAGAAUUGCAGAACAAAAAAAAUUAAGGAGUUGGGAACAGUUAGUGUUCAAGAGACUUUUAAGUCUGCCUCUUUCAUUAUCUGAAGAGGAAUUGCUUAGAAUGAGACAAGAGUUCCAUUGCUGCUAUUCUCAGAUGGACAAUAACUUAGCUUUGCCCAAGAUUCGGAGAAGAGCUUUGCUUCAGGCGUAUCAGUCGGCGUGGAGGGAAGUGGAGCUGCUGAAAGUGGAUCAGAACUCAGCAGUAUCCGACAAACAGUCCAAGAUCAAAAAACAACGAUACAAGAAUAGAAAUAAGAUAGAUGUUCUGAAAAAAUCUUUGGAGGAUAAAAUUCGCAUCUAUGACGAACCGAUUACAGAUGAAAAUUUGAACAAGGUCCAUAAUGAGUUGCUGCUUGAAAAGGAGCAUCAGUUGCAUUCUCGGGAGAAUAAACUUGGAGAGUCCAUUGCUGCUUUACAGUUCCAAAAGACUGAUAAGAAGUCCAAAACAUUGGAGAUUUACACCGCUAUCAUAAGUGUACAAGCUUUGCUUCUGGAAGAAUUGAGCACAUCAAAAAUACUAUCAGAAUCAGAGUGUACCCACAUUUUAGAGGCACAUAAUCCUGAGAUUGAAGAACUUGACAGAAAGUUGGAAUAUGAAAUGUUACAUAAGGAGACAGCUCAGCAGCAGCACCUGUUGAAUAAGCAGAGAUGUACUCCAGAUGGAUUGGGACUUUCAGAUGAAGUUGUGGAAAUUAAUGCAGAGAGACAGGUGUCUGCUCUGCUGUGUCAGGCAUUGAAUAGGUGUAAGCAAUUGGUAAAUCUGCAUCGGCAAAGCUUACAAGAAGAGCAAUGGAAUGAUGUGGUGCUUGAAGAUCUUCUGGAGAAUAUAGAAAUGGAUACAUUUUUGGCACUUUACAGCCAGGAGCUCCGAUUGGCAGCUUAUUUAACCAAACUGACAAUGGUACCGGUGGGGAUGUUGCACAGACUGCUGAACUUACUGCUGCCUUCGAGUUCACAGAUUGAGCUUCUUUCUGUUCUGGAUUCAAUCAGUGACAAAUAUUCAGACAGUGUUAUUGAAAGUGACAUAAAUGUGGAGGAAGCUGACAGCUGUAGAAAGAGGAAGCACCAAGGGUCAUGGCAAGUGUUAGAGAGCAAAGUAAGGCAGGAUCUGAUAAGCAAAGGCUUGGAGAAGAUGCAUUCUGCAAACAGGAGUAAAGAAAGCCUGCUAAAGAAGAAGCAACUUGCACUCAUGGAAAGAACAUCGUUCUCUCCUCUCGGAUGUUUGUCUAGACACCCUCCUGUGGAACCUUCUGGCCAGCCUGAUUCAUUGAACACUGCUGCUGCAGAAGCCAUUGAGCUAUUAGACACAGGGGAGAAGAUAUUUCUGUUCCGUGAUCAAAGGGAUCCCAUACUUGCUUUGCAUAGUUCUCCAAGAAAAAAGAAAAAGAACUUCCUAAAUUCCAAGAAGGCUGCACUGGCAAACAUGGGCUAAUGAGGGAGAUAGCCAUUCAGUGCAUCAAUUAGUGAGAGGAAGUUUAUUUCCAAAUAAGGAUCAUGAAAAAGGAGAAAAUCAUCUGAGUCAUUGUUAAAAAACAAUUUUUGUAUAAGUUGCAAUAGUUUGAUUUUUGCAUUGUAAAUAGUUUUUAUUCUUACAACUGGAUUUUGCACUCGUCACCCAGCAGUGCACAAUCUAUAUCUAUUAACUAUUGUUUUAGUGCACACAGGAGCAGUAAGUGAAUUUGUGUCAUACUCUGUGAUAUACAUUACAUAACUGAGGGCAGGAUGUAGUGCUCAAAUAAUUCAUUGUAUGAGUUUUGUACUCUCAGCGUAUGCGCAGUGUGCCUAGCCAUUUGAUAGCAUCGUCUUCAGCCAGGUGAAGAGCUGGUAGCUAGCCGUCAGCGGGCACUUGUCAAGGAUAUGCAACAUAGUCUGAAGUUGUCCGCAUCUACAUUGUGGGCCAUUAGAGAAACCCCAUUUGAAGAGAUUGGCCACACAAUUGCCCUGUUUGAAACUGGUUCAGGGAAGCCCACACAUGCUUUGGCAGGUCAGAUGGUUGGGGCAGUGAUGAGAAAAUGAUUAAUGACUAUCACCACUGACCACUCAUUACGCUAAGCAGAUUCCACCAUCAUGUCCUGUGGUGGUAUAAGUGACCAUAAAGAGUAUCUAGAAGACAGGUGAAGUUAGCAGGUGGUUGAAGAGGUCUGAGUACAGAGGCAAGUCACAUUUCUCACGGAUCUUGGCCAGGAGCAUGAUGGAGACCCCCUCGUGGCGAAUAUGGGGCGGAGCUAUGUUACUAAGUAUUGGCUGCCAUGGCAACAGAGUUGCACAUAACAUCCCAGUAACCGUGCAUAGCUUUGUUAAGCUCUACAUCAACCAGCCUCGUGUGAGAUGAGCAACAGCAGACAGGAGCACAGUACUCAGCUGUUGAAUACUGAUUUGACUGUUUGCUAUAUUUUUAUUAUUGUUUAUAUGUGAUGGUAACUUAUAUGAAAUCAACCCCUGAUUAAUUAUUGCAGGAUACAGUACUAAAUAGAGAUAAGGAUAAGGAAAAACUGUAUACCAGAUAACUGUGGUAAUUAUUAAUAAAUAAUUUGUUA